AUGGCAGUGUACUGCAAUGAAGUCCGCAAGCUCGAAGACAAGUUUAACGGUCUGGAACUCAACCACGUCGCAAGACAUUUCAACAAGGCAGCUGACCAACUAGCGAAGGCGGCAUCCGGCCAAAAGCCCAUCCCCGAUGGCGUCUUCAUCAGCAACCAAUACAAGCUCUCAAUCCGUUACAAGGAGCUGGGAGGGGUCGGCGACACGCCACCUGUCCCAGACUCAGGAGCCGACCUAGGAGAGGUCAGCAACGCGCCACCUAUCCUGGACUCGGAGGCCGAUCCCUCUGACCCUGAGGUCAUGGAGAUCGACAUGAACACAGCAGAGGGGCCCAAUCCCCCGCCUAACUGGAGAUCCUCGUACCUUGACUACCUUAUCCACGAGUUGCUCCCAACGGACAAGACGAAGGCGUGA